UCACAUCACACAGCGCAGACAGAAAACAAAUAGCACAUCACACAGGGGAGUGAGUUCUGUUAAAAUUAUCGAGAAGUUGUAAACGGUGCUGUUUUGCAGUUUCGCUUCCAUACGACUAUAGAGGGAACUGAUACCAGGUUGAUUUUAAGACUGCACAGUUGCAGCUCCUUUCCAAAAACUACGUCCCAACUUUGUACUUUCUGACCUUCAGCGGUUUUUCAGCCCACUCAUAAGCAGGCACCUAGUCAUGUAGAGAGCAGCGCGUGGAGGACACCCAGAUCACUUUCAGCACUUUCUACACAAAGAGACACCCCACCACUCUUCGGGCUGGACUGCACGGUGACAGCAGCCCGCCCCCCGCGUCCCCCAGCCAUGUCGUCACGCAUUGGCCUGCGCCUGCAGCUCAUGCGGGACCAAAUGCAGCAGGAGGAGCAGCGGGAGCGGGAGCGGCAGCAGCAACAGGCAGCAUCCAUGCAUUACAUGCAGCAUCGCAUGCCAGGCCCUCCCGCUCCCUCGCCAGCCAUCAGUGCACCGACACACUUCCAGCCGCCCAUGCAGGUGCCUGUUGAAGUGUUAAAGGUGCAGACCCAUCUUGAGAACCCCACAGACUACCACAUUCGACAGUCUCAGCGACAGCAGGUCAAGGAGUAUCUGUCCACCACAUACGCCACCAAACAGGCUGUACAUGCCGUCACAAGCUUGGUACAGCCCUCUCCACCCACCAUGCCCCAGGGCCAGACAGGAACCGUCCCACCAUCCAUGCCUUCUCCAUGCAUGCGCACUGAGCAGCUCAUGACCUCUGCUGGGAACAGCGCACCCAACAGUCCCAUGGCCAUGCUCAACAUCGGCUCCAGCCAUGAGAACGAGAUGGAUGAGGUUAUUGAUGACAUCAUCAGCCUGCAGUCCAGUUAUGAUGACAUCCAGGCUUAUAUUGACCCCGUGGUCCAGAUGCCAAACACACUUCCACUGUCCAGCAGCCAUUUGGAUGUGUACAUGGGGCCAGGUAUGUCCGGAUCAGCUAUCGCCAUGACCAGCAACUCCUGCCCUGCCAACCUGGCCAUCAAGAGAGAGCUGUCAGAUGCUGAAGCUCGUGCAGUGGCUAAAGAGAGGCAGAAGAAAGACAACCAUAACCUGAUUGAAAGGAGAAGAAGGUUUAACAUCAAUGAUCGAAUUAAGGAGCUGGGCACUAUGAUUCCCAAAACCAAUGACCUGGAUGUGCGCUGGAACAAAGGCACUAUUCUAAGGGCCUCUGUGGAGUAUAUUAAGCGCAUGCAGAAGGACAUCCAGAGAACCAGAGAGGUGGAGAACAACUUCAGGAGGAUGGAGAUGGCUAACAAACAGCUGUGGCUCCGCAUUCAGGAACUUGAGAGGCAGGCCCAGAUGCACGGCCUCCCCAGCAACUCUCCAUCCGGUCUAAACAACUCUGAGCUCCUAAACUCCUUCGUCAAGCAGGAGAACAGCCCUGAGGAGAACCACCUCUCGCACCAGCCCCAUCUCCCUCCUCACUACCCCCAGCAUCAGCAGCACCAGGGUCAGCCGCAGCCCCGGCCCCACACUCAGCUCCACCAGCACCAGCACCUUCACCCCCAGCCCCCGCUGCAGUACCCAGCCGUGGGCAGCUCCCAGCACUUUGACUAUGCCCAGUCGCUGGACUUGUGCGACGGCGGCAUCCCAGGAUAUCAAGAUAGCAUGGGGGGCAUUGGGGAUCUCGGCUCGUUGGGCGGAGGUGUGGCGCCUAUGGGAAAGAAGAAUGAUCUGGGCUUCUUGCUCAUGGAGGAGGCCCUGUCACCGCUGGGAGGAGACCCGCUGCUGUCCGCCAUGUCCCCAGAAGCUUCUGUGGACAGCAGCCGUCGUAGCAGCUUCAGCAUUGAGGACACAGACAUAAUGUGACCUGGACAGCCUUAGGUGUCGCUGCAUAAUGUGCACAAGAUACGACGUGCACACACACACACACACACACACACACACACACACACAAAUGCAUUUAGUCUGGCACACUGUUAACGGGGAAAGGUACAAUAUUGAUGCACCCUGCUACACUGAAACAAAAGUUUAGCUACUUUUACAUAUUUUAAAUCUGACACGCGAAACAUGGUUUUAGUGAAAUCGUGCAACGGUUUUGUUCCACAGCUGUCACAGGAAUGAAAAUAUGCAUACGUUGAACAAACAGAACUGAGAUGCUUGAAUUCUGUCACUGAGAAUUGGCUUAUAUUGAAUGUUUUGUAUAAAAAAAAAGUCCUUAGUCACAUAAAAUUGCCAUAAAGUCAUAGUUCACCCAAAAAUGAACAUUUUGUCAAUUUUAUCACCCUCAUUUUGUCACAAACCUAUCUGAAUUUAUUAAUUAUGAAUACAAAAGAAGAUAUUUUGGAGAAUGUUGGUAACCAAACAGUUGCUGAUAGCCAACGACUUCCAUAGUCUGUGGAAACACUGUGGAAGACAAUGGUUUCCAGCAUUCUUCAAAAUAUCUAAUAUCUAUGUUUAGAACAACAUGAAGGGUGAGUGUAUGAUUUUGAGUGAACUAUCCCCUAAAGGCUGUGAACUUUUAUAUCCAAACCACUCUUACGCUCUCACAUUCUUUAUCUGUAGAAUUAUAUUUAUAUAUAUAUAUAUAUAUAUAUAUAUAUAUAUAUAGACUGUCGCACUGACUUAAUGUCCUCUAAAUCCAGACAGAAGUGAUUUUUGGAGGAUUAGUUUUUUCACUUGAAAUAUACUGCCACAUCACAAAGCCUGCUGUAUCUGAGCAAUAUGCGAAGGCAGCUUAUCCUUAGACAGUUUAUCAAAAAGCAGGAAGGAAAUGGUUCCCACUACCAUGAAAAACCUGGAAAUAUCCAGGUUUUCUUAAUUUAGAUUAAUGCAGUAAUACAAUUUUAAUUAAAAGUCACACGACUUACAGUAAGUGAAUCAUUCUUUUGAUUCGGUUCUUUUCAUACAACAGUCUGAUUGAUUCAUUAACAAACCAGUCUGAAUUUGAAUGCUUUUUAAAAGCCCUUAUCACUCUGAGGUCCGAGAAAAGUCACUCUGAAUGUGCCUUAUGAUAUCCACGAGAAAUAUUACUAGAAAAAACUGAAUGUUUUUUGAUUAAUCUGUUUAGGCCAUACUCAGGUGCGGCUUCCCAACAAACUGUAGAGACUUGGAAAGAAAGGUAUGACAAGGAACCUACCAUAUCACCCCAGCAUUAGCUUUGCCCGUGCUUUUUUAUGUAGCUGCUGUUGUCUUAGUUAAAGAUAAAACAGUGAUGCCGGACUUCUGUUGGUAUAACAGGCCAGACCAGGUGCUAGUGUGACAGUCUGUUCAGUGGACGGUGCAGCACAAUGCCGUUUGAAUUAACCAUAAAUUAGACCUGUUGCCACACACACCGCUACUAAGAUACCUUAAAGCCAAGGCCAGAUUCUUGAAGAAGCACAGGCUCAAAUGCCCAUGCCUGGCACUCAGUAAAAUAAAGCUGACAGCUGUGAGCCCCUGUUUGCCAAAGUGAAGUUCAUACAGCCCAAGGUGCCUUUCAGGAAACCUGGAUCAACUUGAAAUUUGAUCCAGCUUUUGAGCUGUACAGUGAAGGAGGUUGAAUAUGUAGAAAAUAUAUGUGUAUUAUUAUAGGCUUUCUUUUAUUUUCUCUUCCCAAAGCACUGGAAAAAAAAAAUAUUUUAUUGAUAUUAUAAAAAAAAAAUAUGAAGUGAGUUUAAUUUCAAAUGUUUUAUGCCACUAAGCCACUUAAAUGUACUUUAUCUGUUCUUUUUUAUUUUAUUUUAUUUUUCUAUAAACUAUUUUUACUAUAUCACUGCCGAGCCAUUGAAAUAUAAAAAUAUUUCUGCCAUUCUAUUACAAGUGCAGAGCCAUAUUUUUCUUUUUAUUUCUUUUUUUUUGUACAAAAUCGUUAAAACACAUUAGGCUUUAUGAGAUUAAACGAACAUAUGUAAUAUUGUUUUUGUAUUGAUUUUAUUCCUUUUUUUUUAAGAAAACGACAUUUUAGGAAAAGUGAUACUGUUGAGUGAUGAUUCAUUGUUCAUUCAAUUUUAAUUAAAAUGUUGAGAAUGUGAAUUUUAUUGUACAGUUAAAUCAAGGUGGCUUGUAAACUGCCUGUGUUAAACAUUUAAAUGUAAUGAACAUUAGAAACAGUAUGAUGCACCUCCAGUGUCUUAUUGCCUAACCACCUCUCCCGGUUUUACUGCUUUUUGUUUUAAAGGUAUGGUUUAUAGGUGCUGAAAUUGCACUGUUUAAACCUCAUGAAUUAGCCCUGCGCACACCGCAGGUGUAUUUUAUGCAUUAUUAUCACAGGUAUAUAACAAACUGCGUGGAUCAUGCCAAGUUAAAACCAGCCGACAACUCUCGAUGAGACUUGGUUACUCUAUGCAAAUCUUUGACUUGGUUAGCUAGAAUAGGCAUAGUUUAGCGGAAUAAGCAAGGGCAUUUUGCAUAGCCUAACAUGAAGGGGCUUCUAAUUUUGCUUGUGUGACUUUUCUUGUUUUUUAGCAAUGCACCAGGAAUGAGAAGGUUUGCCAAAAUGAAGAUGAAUCUCCUGAAGUAAAAGAGUAUGCUUUGGUAAAAUAUCUUGAUGAUUAAAAAGGAAAGAAAAAAAACACACACACACACACACACACACACACAAACUUUGGCAUUUCAUUUUAGAACGUGCUGAAAGACAAUACAAGAAGAAUGUGUCUCAAGUUGUUGUUGUUUUUUUUUUUUUUUACCAAAACCCUCUAAAGGCCUUGAGAAUGUUUAGUACUGUGGAUGUGUCAUGUUUAUGGGAUUUGCUAUUUUAUAAAUCUCUGGAGAAAAAAAAUAAAUAAUGACACCGCACAUUAAAUGUAUUUUAGUUGAAGGCUUA